ACCUGCAUGGGCAAACCCGCCACUAAUACCCACGUUUCCCUGCGAUUUAUGGCAAUGAGGGAUUAUAGAGACUUAACGCACCUCCAAUUACCAAAGAACGGCCUUCCUAGCUGAGUUAUUUCUUAGAAAAACAGGGGGAAGGAAGAAGAGGGGUGCAUGUUACUCAGCGGGCUUCAUUUCCUCGAUGCUGCAGAGCUGGAGCUGGAUUACAUGAUGCUGCAGAGCCCGCUCACCUCCACGCCGUUUUCUGUCAAGGAUAUUUUGAAGCUGGAGCAACAGCAGCAGCAGCAACAGCAGUCCAGGUCCUUGGAGCAGACUCACCGGGUCCACACCCAGCACCACUUGUCUCGGUCUCCUCCCAGGCAACAGCAGCAUUUCCAAACCCCACCGUCCUGCAUGCUCGCUGGGGCGCGGGACAGCUCUUCAUUCUCCGACGGAGAGGACAAUCUGGUUUACCUCAGCACGCUGGCGGUGCGUGAGGAAGACCGCAGGGACACCAGUCUGUCCCCGAGCAUGUAUGUCCAUCAAGGCCAACAGGGAGCUAAGCUGGAGGCCGCGGAGAUGGAGGGGCAAGAAAGCAAGAUCUGCGGCGUGGUGCCCAGAGAGGAGGCAGCGGAGGGCGGACAGGGUGAGUCAGAGAGGCCGGUGCAGAAGCAGAGAAGCCGGCGGAGACCCCGGGUUCUCUUCUCCCAGGCGCAGGUUUUCGAGCUGGAGCGGCGCUUCAAGCAGCAGCGCUACCUCUCCGCCCCGGAGCGCGAGCACUUGGCGACCACCCUCAAACUCACCUCCAACCAGGUGAAAAUCUGGUUCCAGAACCGUCGCUACAAGUGCAAACGGCAGCGUCAGGACAAGUCUCUAGAAGCGGCGGGACAGCACCAUCCCCAGCCGCCCCGGCGCGUCGCCGUGCCGGUGCUAGUUCGGGACGGGAAACCUUGUCUGGGCGGUGCGCAAAGUUACACCGCCGCUGCCGCUGCUCCGUACGGCUCCAGUCCAUACUCUUAUAACGGAUACCCGGCCUAUACUUACAGCAACCCGGCUUAUAACACCAACUACAGUUGCACGUACACCAGCAUCCCCACCCUCCCUCCGUCCAAUACCACCAACUCCUUCAUGAACAUGAACUUGGGAAACGCGGGCGGCCUCGGCGGCUCCACUCAGGCCCAAACACAUCAAGGGACAUCGGUCACAUCCUGCCAGGGCUCCCUGCAGGGGAUCCGAGCCUGGUAACCUCACCAGAACAAAAUUAUUUUUGUGAAACUCUUUCACUUUUGGUCACCUCACAACCGUUUUUUUUUUUUUUUUAGAAGUGUGUACUCCUCGGUCCAGGUUUAAAAACUGUAUUUCAGAGAGACACGCGUUCGGAUUCACGUGUUCAGACAGAUUUACAGGCAGACAAGGACUGGACUCCACCGUCUGGUGGAGUUUCAUUUUCGGCUCCAAUAUUUUCAGCUUUGUUUUUAACGUUUGUAGAAAAUGACAGGAUUGUUUUUAACGGUUUUUGUUCAAGAGACAGUUG